GCUACUCUUCGCUGUCUACCCAAGAAUAACCUCCACCAUGCAGUUCACUAAGAUCUUUGUUUCCAUCGCUGCCCUUGCCUCGGCUGCCCUCGCUGAUAUCGACUGGACCUCACCCGCUACCCUCGCCUGUGCCAAGCAGCACUGGGCUGAAAUCAAGGCAAAGGCUGACCCGCUCAUCCCUUCGGCUCCUCUGCUCCUGACCCCCGAGCAGCUGGCCUCCCUGUCAUCCCUGCUGUCGGGCCAGUCGACUCUGCCCUCCAACCCCACCGACGCGUGGCUUCAUCAGCUGCCUGGCGCUAUUCCGCCCUCGCUCCUGGACGUUAUUGCUGGUGACAUCAUCAAUGCCUGCCUGGCCACCUCCACUUAAUUUUAGCCUGGCACAUUUGCACAGAGCACCGGUUGCCCAGGGCCGAUUCUACCAUAAUUCCGCUCUACUAUUAAGCCCACUCUUUGUAGGUUUGUUUGAG